GUGAAACAUCAAAUUCUCCGAUAUGUCAUCGCAGGCGGGAUUUGAUGAACCUUGUGCCCCGAAGCAUCGCGCCAACCGUCAGCGACCAUAUUUUCCAAAGCCAUUCAUUACGGUUGAUGGUAUUUCGCGGGCACCGUUAAAUCCAGGCGAUUUUGCUAGUUUGCAUAUUCGCACGUACAACCUGCGACCGGAAUGGUUCGAAGGAUUCCAGCUGAAUGCAUCCAAGGCGUUGGCGGUCCAUCAAACGGUUCGAGCUAGUUGGAAUCUCAGCCAUAUCACACCUACGGGAUUUCGCAUGGGAGUGCAAUUGCAGCGCCGCUGCAAUGAUCAUGUGCUGAAAACCCCUCUGGUCGCCUUCGAUGUCAAUCCGAGUACGCUGGCAUCGAAUAUGUUCCUGCUGUAUCGCCCGUUUGCGUCCAUUUGCGGCGAGAUAAGUGCCCAACUGCAGCCGCAAGCCCAAUCGGUGCCGGUGAUUGAUAGGCUCUCGCUGCAACAUAUGGGCAGUAGCACAACCACCACGUUAAGAUGUUACAAUCCUACCCGGGAGUCCUGCCGGAUGACGCUGGACCACUUGAUGAGCUACAACGAUAGACUGGCCUUUGGUGCGGAGCUGCUGUACGAGUGGUACCGGAAUACGACGAAUGCCCAGAUUGCACUGGCCGCAAGAUAUAGCUUUGAGAGGCACUGUAUAGCGGCUACGGGAUCUUUGGAGGCUUUUGACUUGAGCUAUUGGCGAAAAAUAAACGAUAGGCUGCAAAUUGGAUCGUCGUUUGCUUGUAGUCACCGGGAAGGUAAAGCAAUCGGAACCAUUUACUAUCGCGUGGAGCGACCUGACUGUACGGUUAGAGGGCUGUUCGAUUCGGAUUGGUCUGUUGGAUUUACCUAUCAAAGAAAAUUGUCGCAGAUGCCUAUGAAUGCCGGCCUUAGCUUAUUAUUUUGCAUCCCAAAAAACACAUUCCAGUGUGGAUUCAAAAUCGAUUUGGACUCUAAUUUGCAAUAA